UCCGGUUUCUCCCGGCUCCUGUCGGUGCGGUGACUGCGCUGGGAAACAUGGCGACCGAGGGAAUGAUCCUCACUAACCACGACCAUCAAAUCCGUGUCGGAGUCCUCACAGUGAGUGAUAGUUGCUUCAGGAAUCUUGCAGAAGAUCGCAGUGGGAUAAAUCUCAAAGAUCUGGUACAAGAUCCUUCUUUAUUGGGUGGGACUAUAUCAGCAUACAAGAUAGUACCAGACGAAAUAGAAGAAAUCAAGGAAACUCUUAUAGAUUGGUGUGAUGAAAAGGAACUUAAUUUGAUAUUAACAACUGGAGGAACAGGGUUUGCGCCACGAGAUGUCACUCCAGAGGCCACAAAAGAAGUAAUAGAACGGGAAGCUCCAGGGAUGGCCCUGGCAAUGCUGAUGGGAUCACUUAAUGUUACACCUCUGGGCAUGCUCUCUAGGCCUGUAUGUGGAAUCAGAGGGAAAACUCUCAUAAUUAACCUACCAGGUAGCAAGAAAGGAUCUCAGGAAUGCUUUCAGUUCAUACUGCCAGCUCUACCUCACGCCAUUGACCUUUUACGUGAUGCUAUUGUAAAAGUAAAGGAGGUGCAUGACGAACUUGAAGAUUUACCUUCCCCACCACCUCCUCUUUCCCCUCCUCCCACAACCAGUCCCCAUAAACAGACAGAAGACAAAGGGGUUCAAUGUGAGGAAGAAGAAGAAGAGAAGAAGGACAGUGGUGUUGCUUCAACAGAAGACAGUUCCUCAUCACAUAUAACUGCAGCAGCCAUUGCUGCCAAGAAGCAUCCAUUCUACACCAGUCCUGCUGUUGUUAUCAUGGCACACGGUGAGCAGCCCAUCCCUGGUCUCAUCAGUUAUUCCCAUCAUGCAACAGGCAGUGCAGAUGAACGGAUUCCAGACUCUAUCAUUUCUCGUGGCGUUCAGGUGCUCCCACGAGACACAGCCUCCCUCAGCACUACUCCUUCCGAAUCGCCUCGUGCUCAGGCUACAUCUCGCCUCUCUACAGCUUCCUGCCCAACACCAAAAGUCCAGUCCAGGUGCAGCAGCAAGGAGAACAUUCUCAGAGCCAGUCACAGCGCUGUCGAUAUCACCAAGGUGGCUAGAAGACACCGCAUGUCUCCGUUUCCUCUGACAUCUAUGGACAAAGCCUUCAUCACAGUCCUGGAGAUGACUCCGGUGCUUGGGACAGAAAUCAUCAACUACAGAGAUGGAAUGGGCCGAGUCCUUGCUCAAGAUGUAUAUGCAAAAGACAACCUACCCCCCUUCCCAGCAUCAGUAAAAGAUGGCUAUGCUGUCCGAGCUGCUGAUGGCCCAGGAGAUCGUUUCAUCAUUGGGGAAUCCCAAGCCGGUGAACAGCCAACUCAGACAGUAAUGCCAGGACAAGUCAUGCGGGUUACAACAGGUGCUCCAAUCCCCUGCGGUGCUGAUGCAGUAGUACAAGUGGAAGAUACCGAACUUAUCAGGGAAUCAGAUGAUGGCACUGAGGAACUUGAAGUACGAAUUCUGGUGCAAGCUCGGCCAGGCCAAGAUAUCAGACCUAUUGGCCAUGACAUUAAAAGAGGGGAGUGCGUACUGGCCAAAGGAACCCACAUGGGCCCCUCAGAGAUUGGUCUUCUGGCAACUGUAGGUGUCACAGAGGUUGAAGUUAAUAAGUUUCCAGUGGUUGCAGUCAUGUCAACAGGAAAUGAGCUGCUAAAUCCCGAAGAUGACCUCUUACCAGGAAAGAUUCGAGAUAGUAAUCGUUCAACCCUCCUAGCAACAAUUCAGGAACAUGGUUACCCUACUAUCAACUUGGGAAUUGUGGGAGACAACCCAGAUGACUUACUCAAUGCCUUGAAUGAGGGUAUCAGUCGUGCUGAUGUCAUCAUCACAUCAGGGGGUGUAUCCAUGGGGGAAAAGGACUAUCUCAAGCAGGUGCUGGACAUUGAUCUUCAUGCUCAGAUCCAUUUUGGCAGGGUUUUUAUGAAGCCAGGUCUGCCAACAACAUUUGCAACGUUGGAUAUUGAUGGUGUAAGAAAAAUAAUCUUUGCACUACCAGGGAAUCCUGUGUCAGCCGUGGUCACCUGCAAUCUCUUUGUUGUGCCUGCACUGAGAAAGAUGCAGGGCAUCUUGGAUCCUCGGCCAACCAUCAUCAAAGCCAGGUUAUCAUGUGAUGUGAAACUGGAUCCUCGCCCAGAAUACCAUCGGUGUAUACUGACUUGGCAUCACCAAGAACCACUGCCUUGGGCACAGAGUACAGGUAAUCAGAUGAGCAGCCGUCUGAUGAGCAUGCGCAGCGCCAACGGGUUGUUGAUGCUGCCUCCAAAGACAGAGCAGUACGUGGAGCUCCACAAGGGCGAGGUGGUGGACGUCAUGGUCAUUGGACGGCUAUGAUGGUCACCAGCAGGAGAAAGCUUCGAUGCAUGUCCACAUAUCAUUGACUGUAUCCUGUAAUAUGCAACGGCACAGCUAGUUUUUCUGAUUUGGAUAAAAGUUGAUCUGUAUAGUCAACAUCUUGAACUAUAUUUCAAAUGAAUUUAAAUACCUUUUAAAGAAAAAAACACCUAAAAAUAAACCUUAACAGACAAUUCUAUUCUGAUUCUAUCAAAGCAAAUUUUUCCUUUCUUGCAAAUUGCUUUGUGUGUCCAAUGCUAGGUCUGAUAGCGAUAGCUUUUAGUAGACAGCGGUAGGUGCCUGCAGAACUUGUGUUUUUCUCAUCUUUAAAAUACAACUACUUAUGCUCUUAAAUCAAGGCUGUCUGCUUAUUUAUACUAGCGUAGGCAACACUUGGAUUUCCCUUCUUAGUAUGCUUCAUAACAGCUUUACAGAGAGCCUUUGCUUGUUCUUUAUCACGUCUCUUGUGUUUAUGUGCACAGUGCCAAAAGAAGAGUGACUGGGUGGAGGCCUGCGCCACCUCCAGGAGAACCGUCCCCUGCAGAGCGUCCAGGGAGGUUUCUCAGCCCAGUAGCCUCAUGGCACAGUACUCUUGGGCAGUAACUGGAUACCUUUUAUUUGAACAAACAAACUGGGGGAAAAAUGCUUCCUUAAGUGCUGACAGCCUUUUUAACCAAUAUAUUUAAAAUUGUACAGAACAAAAAAAUAAAAUCAAAAGACUGAUCUUGUACAGAUAUUAGUGUUACCAGCAUUCAUGUGGAAACUAAGAGCAAAGAAAAAAAUAAUGUUAAACAACUCUGUACCAUAACAUUUUCUGUAAUGAUACUGAAACUUAAUGAAUAAAAAAAAAUCCUUGAUCAUUAUUUAAAAAUUUACUGUGUUGGCCUUGUUAUUGAAAGGGAAGACUGUCGUACCAUUCUGAUGGAGUUCUGUCUGGAUAAAAGGAAUAGUUAAUAUGAGUAGCAAGGUUAAGUGGCAUAAAGGCAAUUCAAAAUGUUAGGAAACAUAGCUAUUUAUUUUUCUAUAGCAUUUGGAGAAAAUAGCAUUGGAAUCCAGAAAACACAAAUGAGAAAC